AUGGAUGAAAAUAAAUCUUGUUCAUUCCAAUUUUCUAUUCCUCAUUUUUCUGUCAAUUUUUUAUUUGAGAAAGAUCAAUAUGAUUUUUAUAAAAUUAAAUAUAAAGAAAAUAUAAAAGAUGAUUCAAAUAUAGAACAAGGAAAUAUUUUAAAUGAAACUAAUUGCUCUUCUGAAAGUGAAAAUGAAAAAUUAUUUAUGAAAUAUCUUAAAAAUAUUGUAAGAAAAGGAAAUAGUGUAAUUAAUAUUUCUGAAAAUGAAUUAAAUGAGGAGGAAAAUGAUUUAAAUGAAGAUACAUAUUAUUUAAAUUAUACAAGUGAAAAGCAUAAAGAAAAAGAAAAUUUACCUACAGUUAAUAAAAUAGAAAACAUAGAAAAUGAAACAAUAAAAAAAGAUAUACAUUUAUUUGAAAAAUAUCCAGAUAUUUCUAUAAAAGAUGAACUGAAAAACGAAUGGAUUUAUCACAAAGUGGCAACAAAUUUUAAUGUUAUAAAAGUUAACUUAAAAGAUUUUAAAAAAGAAUGUGAUAAAAUAAAGGAAAGAUUAAAAAUAAAUUAUUAUAAAACAGAAAAAGAAUUUCAUGAAAAAAAAGAAUUAGAAAAAAGUGACAAAAAUGAAGAAUAUUUAGAAAUAGAAAAAGUUGGCGCUAAAAGUAACUAUAUAAAUAUUGAAAAAAAAAGAAAAAAGAAAAAUAAAAAUAAAAGUGAAUCAAAAAAAAGAAAAAAAGAUGAAUAUGAAAAAAUAAAGAUAAACUUUUACAACUAUUUGAUAAAAAUUUUAUUGUCAGGAAUUAGAACACCCAAUGUAGAUGAAAUAAUAAAUCAUAUAGUUUAUUAUAACUGCAACAAUUGGCAGCAAAAAAUUGAUUUAAAUAUACUAAAAAAAGUUGCAGAUGACUCUAAGAAAACAAAAGUAUUAAAUAGGACAAAAUGUUUUUUAGAUUGGUUACCAAAAACCGAAGAUAAUACAUUUAGUAAAUAUCAAAUUGUAUCAAAAUUGAAAAAUAAAACAUUAUCAAAAACAUUUAAACUGGUAUGUGAUUUUAAUAAUUCUAUUUUAAAGGCUUUAUAUAUAAAUCAAAACUUAAUUAAUUCAUUUUAUACUGAAAAAAAAUAUCAACUUUAUACAAGUUCUUUAAGAAAUUUAUCAUCUAAUGAUAUUUUUGUUAUUUCUGUUUCAUUUUAUCACCCAAUUAGAGGAAUAAAAAUAGCUGAAUAUGAAAUUUUGUCUAACCAAACAUUGGCUAAUUUAACUGAUGUUUUUUUUUGUUUUGAUUCAUCUAAUUAUGGUUUACCAAAAUUUGAAGGAUCUGUUUAUUUUAUUGAUGGAAUUCUUUAUCCAGAUUUGAGAAGUGAAAAUGCUUUAGAUUAUUCUAAAUGUAUACUAGAUUUUUAUAUUAAAAAAAAAGAUACCAACUUUAUUCGUUAUCCUUAUAAAAUAAAUCAAGAUAAAGCAAUUCUUAAUGAAAUAGAAAUUCCUUUAUUUCAAAAGUGUUGCUUUUUACAUCAAGGAAAUUGUGAACAUAGAAUUGUUUUUAACAAUAUUAGACAAUAUAAUAGUUUUAGGGAUAAAGAGUUUUCAAAAUAUCCCCUUAGAAUAUUUAAACCUAAUACAUCAACAAGAUAUUGUAUGUGUUGCCAUAAAAAUAUUGCUGAAAAAAUUGUGUUAGAUUGUUAUUUAUUAAAGGAAAAUCCAUCAUAUAUAUGUAACAAUUGUUUUAGUUUAUUUCUGCUAGAUACAAAUAAUAAACCAAUUGACAACUUUAUGAAAUAUUUUGAUUACAUUAAUGAUAUUUAA